AUGGACGGGCACUUUGUACCGCCAAUAACCAUCGGCGCAGGCGUCGUGGAGGCGCUGCGUCCGGUUACACAGCGGCCGCUUGACGUUCACUUGAUGGUCGUGAAUCCAGACCAACACAUCCCCGCCUUUGCCAAAGCAGGCGCUGACAUCAUCAGCGUGCAUUGCGAGGGCGAGUCGACGAUCCACCUGCAUCGAACGCUGCAGAUGAUUCGAAGCCUCGGGUGUCGUGCCGGUGUCGUUCUGAACCCGGCCACGCCACCAAUGGCAAUUGAGUACGUCCUACCUAUCGUGGACCUGGUGCUGGUGAUGAGCGUAAAUCCGGGGUACGGCGGGCAAGCAUUUAUUGACGAGGUGUUGCCGAAAAUCACCGAGAUACGGAAGAUGGCUGAUCGCCUCGGCAAGCAUGAUCUCUGGCUCGAGGUCGACGGCGGCGUGAAGGGCUCCAACGCCUGGCGUGUUGUCGAGGCGGGUGCGAACGCCCUGGUAGCCAGUUCAGCAGUGUUUGGUGCCAAGGACUACAAAGCCGCUAUCGAUGAAAUCCGGGCCGCGCGAAGACCUGUUGCCGUCUACAGUGAAUUCGGGAACGAAUUGGGCUCCAUUUGUGUCCGGUCUUCAACUCGUGGUUAG